AUGAAGGGUCAAUCAAGAUUUGGCAAGAAAAGUAAGUUAUCACCUGAGUAUAUUGGGCCAUUUCAGAUAUUGAAAAGACUCAAUCCAGUUGCGUAUCGAAUUGCUUUACCGCUAGGGAUGGAACAAAUGCACAAUGUGUUUUAUGUGUCAACGUUAAGGGGUUAUCUCCGAGAUCCAUUCCAUGUUAUUGAUCACCAUCGGAUAGCUCUCGAUGGUAAUAUGGAAUACGAAGAGAAAUCAAUCCAAAUCAUCGACCAACAAGUGAAACAGUUAAGGAAUAGAGUAAUCCCCAUGGUUGAAAUAGAAUGGAAGAAACACUAUGGCAUGGAAGGAACUUGGGAGAAAGAAGAUUAA